AUGGUGGUGGGAAGGGCGCGUCUGUUUGUGGGGCAGCUGAACUUUGAGGCAACUGAAGAGGACGUCUGCGCCCUUUUCGACUUCUACGGGCAAGUGCUUCACGUAAAUAUACUCCGCGAUAGAGCGACCAGUCGUAGCAAGGGCAGUGCAUUUGUGGAGUUCGGUUCGACGGUGGAGGCAGACUGUGCGAUCAUGGCUCUUCACAACCGCUAUAACAUGGAGCGCGAGAAGCCGCUGCAGGUGUCGUACUGCGGAAAGUCCGAGGUGAUUUCGGAGUACGGCCGUGCGCACGCACUCCGGCUGCAUCGCGAAAAUAGUGCGAACCCCGCCCCGCCAGAACCGAAGUCUCAGCAAUGA